UGUUACUUCAAUCUUGGGUAACAUUUUAGUUGGCCACCUGCUCUGACAUUCAAACUAGUCCUCGAUUUACCCAAGUGGUGAAAUGCAACAGUACAGGAGUUGACAAUACUAAACCAAGGUUACUUGUUUAACUAGACUCAUUACUGUUCUUCACCGAAGAGGAAACAAGCCAUCAACCCCUGUCAGCAUCAAAAAUGAACAACUUCACCGGGAGAAGUAGAAACGAUAAUGACGAUCACGUUAUUUCAGUCGAGCUCGACAGAGAAGAAAUAGAGAUGAACUGCCUUAAACAAGAGGAUGAACGUGAAACUGAAAAUAUUAAACUGAAAAACAGUAGUAACAGUCACCACUUUACUGAUGAUGAUGGAGCAGGCAGCACAGAUAAUAACACAGCACGUGUGGGAAACGCAGGUGUCAGAAAACAGUUGUCUGUUUUCAGGUGCUGUGGACAGAAAGCGGAUACAAAGAAUGACAGGCAGGCAAUUUCGAAAGACUUGGAAAAGAAACCUGCCUUUACAGGAGUUGGCCUGCUUUAUGCUUUGUUGGCCUCGUUUCUUUUUUCAAUUGUAGCCCUUUUAGCGAAGAAAAUAGAGGGAGUCCAUUCUGUGGAAAUCAGUUUGAUCCGAUGUUUCUUCCAGGUGCUGUUUGUACUUCCUGGCAUUAUUUAUAAUAAGAUUGGAUUUUUGGGACCAAGAGAUCAGAGAAUCUAUCUCUUUCUGAGAGGGUUUCUCGGUGCGAAUGCAAUGAUUCUAUUAUUCUACGCCGUGCAGCAGAUGCCUUUGGCCGACGCAACUGUCAUUAUGUUCAGUAAUCCAGUCUUUACUGCGAUCUUGGCCUGGAUUUUCCUCAAGGAAAAAUGCACCAUCUGGGACUUUGUCUUCACCAUUUUUACACUGACAGGAGUUAUACUAAUUGCAAGACCCCCCUUCCUCUUCGGGUCCCGCACUGAGGGGAUUGAGGGAGAAUACACAAAUCACAUGAAAGGAACCAUUGCGGCAUUUGCAGGUGCAGUAGGAGCUGCGUUCACUUUUGUUGUGCUCAGAAAAAUGGGGAAAAGCGUGCAUUAUUAUUUGUCUGUGUGGUACUAUGCAGUCAUUGGUUUCAUAGAAUGUGUCAUUGCUCUGUUUGCCAUUCAGGAGUGGAGCAUACCAUAUUGUGGGGGCGACAGGUGGCUUUUAAUAUUGAUAGGGCUGCUGGGAGUAGCAGGCCAGGCCUUGCUAACAAAAGCACUGCAGCUUGAAAAAGCAGGCCCUGUGGCCUUAGUGAGAACUAUGGAUGUGGUGUUUGCCUUUAUAUUUCAGUUUUUUUUUCUUAAUCGCUCUCCAACUUGGUGGAGUUUUGGCGGGGCAUUGUGUGUAAUUAGCAGUACUAGUGGAAUUGCACUGCGUAAAUGGUACGUAAACAAUUCAAGAAGUGGGUAACCAAAGCUACAAUGACUGCCACAGCUGUAGUUUAUCUGACCAUAUUCUCUACUAUACAGUUAUGCUUACUAUUAAUAGGGAUUUCACUGUGUUCUUGCCAUAAUCUAAACCUUUCAUAGACGAGUAAUUUGAAUUAAUGAGUGCAAUUUUACAUUUCCAAAUGAUACAUAUUUAAGAGUCAGUUGGAGUGCUUAGCUACGUGCAUAUAAAACAUUUUUAAAAAGUUUUUGUUUUGUGGCACUUAAAUUGAAAUGCUUUAUUUAUAGCAAUAUUAUUAUUAUUAUAAGGUCAUACAUAUGGGUUAGGUCACUAAUUUGUCAUUUUUUAGGAAAUAUUUAAAUAUAGAAGUGAAUUGUCUUUACAAAGUAAAGAUUACCAUCAAUUAAUAGAAUUUGUGAAAUAAUGUGGGAGCAUAUAUAUAUAAUUUGACCUUUCUACUGCAGCUACAGUAUUUUCCUAAAUAUUUUAAAUAGUAUAAUUAAUAACACUACAGCAUAGUUGCACUUUAAUUGCAUCACAAUCUUCCUUGCAAGACCAAGUAAUAACAAUUACCUUGUUAUACCUCAUGUUUGUAAAUUAGAUUAUUAUUUUAUUUUAUCAUUUUUUCCAUGCACGUAUGGUGCAUUUUAUUGUUAUAUUUAGAAAACUUUUUUUUUUUUUUUUAAAUAGUUAUAAUAUAUUAGUUAAUGUUUCAAAAUCAUGAUCGCUCAGGGACAAAUCAUUAGAAGCACUUUUGCCUUUUUUAAAAGAUUUGAGUGUAUGAAUGUUUUAUUUUUUUAAAUAAAUAUCAUAGAGCGUUUUCCAUCAAGUAGUGAAGGUUUUUUAAAUAAACAUCAUAGAGCGUUUUCCAUGAAGUAGUGAAGGCCUCAUUUCAUGAAACCCCCUAAUUUCUAUCUUUUUAUAAGUAUGUUCAGUAAAUGUCAUGUAUAGGCCCAUAAUUGAGAUGAAUAUAGCUGCACUAAACCACUUAAGUGAUUGCAGCUAUUCUACAUAAUUCCAUAAACCUGGGUCUAUUGUACACUUCCUUUUGCUAUAUAGUUACACAAUGUGUAGCAUAGCAAAUAUGUAUUUUUAUUUUGAAACAUGAUAUCACUGUAAUGGUAUCAAGAAAUAUUGUGUUUGCAAGUCUUGCUCAGGUAUUGUUGCCCUUCCUUGGCCAUUUCACCUGAAUUGGAAAACUGUCCCCAUUUACAAAGCAACACAUUUGAACCACAAGACCCAGCUAAAAGUCAGUGAAACAGUAACAAUAAGACAAUCAAACUGAUAACUUUCCUUAUGCCAGUGUGGUGUCAGAUAGCUUGUUUUAAAAUGAAAAUACACACAUGCACAUUUGAGACCUAGGCCUAUAUACAGUAAAGAAUAAAAGUGCAUGACAGGCAAGAUUUAAAAAGAAUAGUGAUGAAUGCCAGUCUGCCUUUAUCCCUCUGGGUAAGCUGCUGGAACAUAUCUAGAAUAUCCAUGUUCAGAAGGGGGAUUCCAUGAGUUCAGUAUUGAAAGAGUAUGUAGUUUCAUAUGACAUUUUAACAGAUUUUGUUUGUUUUUGUAAUCCUUUCCUUUUUAUGAGUUUGCAACCGUUGAGUGCCGUCGCACAGAUAUUGAAUUGUAUUAAUUUAGCUGUGUAAUAUGUACAAGUACAUGAAAAGCUUAGCAGAAGUUCUCUCUAGUUUUAAGAAAACUAAAAACUACAAUAUGAACCAGACAUUAAAUUAGAAGGUCAAAAGUGUUUGAUAUAUAAAGUAAAAAAUAAAUAAAAAAAAAAAAGAAAAAUCAAUGAGACUCCUCCUCAAAUAUGAUAUGAGGGUUAAGGGAAGUAAAAAGAAAACUGUUAACAUGACAUGUGUUGAUACUCUUUAAUGCUGAGACCCUAAGAUCAAUAACAUAAACCCCAACUGUUUACAGAAGAAAGAAAGAGCCAUCACAAUCAUUAUUUGUGGACUAUUGUUAAACUAUCUUUAUUGCAGGUUGAUUUGUAGGUUUGAGAUUCAUGGAUAACAAAAAAAAAAAACCCAAAACUUUUGAAUAUGGUUUUUUGCAACCCUCCAAGAAAUCAAUUAAGCAUUCUGUCAGUUUCAUAAAGAUGUCAGAAUAUUUGUCCAAAAUAUUAUAAAAUAUCCAUCCAUUAUACAGUGUUCGUACUGUAUGUGCAAUUUGGUCGCAUAAGAACCGACUAUUAAAUACAAGUUUUAAUAACAAUUUGUAGACAUUUUUCUACUGAGAAUGUUUUUAAAGUCCUUGUUACUGUAUAAAACUAUAUAUUUUUGAAUUCCGG